AUGUUCUACAGCCAUGAAAUCCUCACCUCCCCAGAGCAUGGCGUCGCAACUAUCUGGCUUGUCGCAACUCUUGGCUCGCGAUCUAUCGCGCGACGAAUCAAUCGAAGGGCCAUCCAAGAUGUCGACGUGCCAAGCGCAUGUAGGGUCAUCAUCGACCCCAGGGCUCCGAUGGCGCUACGACUGCAAGGUAGCUUGCUAUACGGCGUUUCGCGCGUCUUUAACCAACAGUGCGGAUACACUUUGCUCGACGCCCAAACAAUGCAUGACAAGAUGAUGGCCAUGCUAAAAAUCGCGCCAGGUGCUGCUCUCGACUCCAGCGCUGGAAAGUCAAACGGGUCCCAGAAUGGGCAGGUGCAGCUUGAAUUUCCUCACGACGAGCUUGUCGGAGGCAAUUUGCUGGACAAGAUGAAUGAUAUCAACAGCUCUGCGCAGAAGCAAGGUCUGUUUGGUAAACAGAUGAAGCCGAGUAUGGAAGAAGAAGGUGUGCUGUUGAAUCCUGAUUUCGAAUUCGAUGAUAAUGGUGAUAUCGUUGAAUUUGAUGCGAGCAGGGUUUCGCCCACAGAAGAAGGGCGACAAGUUCCAGUCACGGCAAAUGACGACGAAGCAGGGCUCGUUCGUAAAGAUAACGUGAUGGACCUUGGCGAUCAAAUCGGAGCUGAAGUUACCUUAUCUGGCGAAGAGAAUCUAGCUGAAACUGUAGGCCUCGAUGAAUCAAUGAAUCACGAAAGAAGAGUGAAUCAGAGGCGAAGAGAGGCCAAAGUCAUUGUGACGGAUGUGGUGACGGCCUUACGAAACACAGACCUGGCACGAUGGAACAAUGAGUACACGGCAAACAUGGCGCAAGCCUUGAAGCAAAAGCAAUUGAACAAAUUACCAACUAUUGCAAAGAAGAAUGCAGCUCACUGGGUGUUCGGCAAAGGAAUCGGCGCGGUGGGCAACCCACUCUGGCCCCUGCAUGUACCUCACCCGCUCAAGUCCUAUUCAGGCGAGGAGCUAUAUUACGCCCUUUGCCCUGAAGCUGAGCGCAAACGGAGACGUACAAAGGAUACCGGAAAUGACAGUGAUGCAAGAGAGCAGGGUCGGCGAGUACGCCCUCGAGACGAACAGGUUGACUCUAUGGACGUCGAAGUUGCGCGCCACGCACCCUCUAGCGUGCUGGACGACCUCCCUUUGAUGCCCUGGAAUACCAUCACAUCAAUUGAGAGCUCCCAACGGGGCCAGCGCUUCAGAAGCGGAAGCGAGCUCUCCUACGGCUCACGACGCCGCGGGCAACUCCAGAGUGCAAGCCCACUAGCCGGGCGAGGCUACCUACACAACCUUGAUCGAGACAGCAGCCUCGACAUCCCAGGGAACUUCGGAAAUAUCGAUGACAUCGAUUACGGCGAGAGGCGCAUCGCCAAGCCGCUUGACCCAGGCACCUUGAAUUUCUGGGACUUCCUCAAAGACAAGAUGCUCCCAUCUAGAGGCGGUCGAAUCAAAUUUGAAGCUCUUUUCCCGCCUCAGGAGACCUCGCAUCCGGUGGCUACACAGGCUUUCAUGAACGUGCUCACGCUCGCGACACAAGGCGUUAUCCGCGUCGGCCAGGAGCCGUUCCAAGAUCAGGAAAGCUCUUCAAAAUGGAGUACUCGCUGCGAAUACGGUAAUAUCUGGCUGCGACUACCGCAGCUAAAGUAG